UUUUCUCAACGUGACAAGCAAUACCACAAUUCAUACAUCGGGAUACUAGCUUUAAAUGUAACUGCGGGACUCUCUACGCUAUUUCCAAACGAGAAAGUUGUCUGUAUAAAUAUACUUGGAUAUAAAUUAAUUAUUUUCUUACAUCCAGAAUCUGCAAAGGAAGUAUUAAAAAGCAACAGAUUAAUCAAUAAGGAUUCUACAUAUGAUUUCUUCAAGCCAGUUCUCGGAGACAACAGUUUUUUUCUCAGUUCUGACGAUGAUUGGAGAAGAAGAAGAAAAUAUUUAGCUCCACAUGGACAUGUUUGGAAUCUGAAAGAUGAUCAAAGUGUAUUUAUGGAGCAUUCAAACGUCUUAGUCGAAAAACUCAAACAAUUGCAAGAAAAUGAAUUAUUCGAUAUUCUGAAAUGGAUGAAAUAUUGCACUCUCGACAUAAUUGCAGACAUAGCAGUAGGAGUUACUCUACAUUCUCAGACUACGAACGAUCAAGAAUACGUGUCUGCAUUAAACAGAAUUUUGAAAUAUUAUCCUGAAUGGCUAGUAAAUCCAAUGUACUGGUUUUUCCCAAUUUUUUUCAUGAGUAAACUGGGAAAAAAUUACAAUAGGGACAUUCAAACAAUUCAUCGUUUCGACGAAAAGGUGUUCAAAAGAAGAAAAGAACAUUUCGAGAAAAAUAUGCAGCAGCAACAUUCCUUAAACAAAGAAACACGUAAUGAAGAGGAAUUGAACUUGGAACCAAAACAGCGUAUGAUCGAUUCCCUGUUGGAUCUUCAUGUCAAACAAGGUUUAAUAUCGGAAGAUGACGUUAUCAGAGAUAUGGGAGGCACUAUUGUAGCUGGUUUCGACUCAACCGCCCACGUUCUGUCCUGGGCUCUUUAUUUCUUGGGAAGAUUCCACGAUAUACAAGAGAAAGUGUAUCUAGAAUUGCAAGAAAUUUUUAAAAAUGAUUUCAAUAGAAAUAUUACUAUCGAUGACCUGACGAAAAUGACGUACUUAGAAUGCGUAAUUAAGGAGUCUAUGAGAAUCUAUCCUCCUUUUCCUUUGAUUGGAAGAAAAAAUCCAUCGGAAAUGAAAAUAGGUAAUUACGUGCUGCCUGCAAAUUCCACUUUUAUCAUAAAUAUCUAUGGUAUUCAUCAUAAUCCUUCUGUUUACGAAAAUCCCGAAGUGUUCGAUCCAGACCGUUUCCUAUUUGAAAACUAUAAAAAUCUUCAUCCUUAUGCAUAUCUGGCAUUUGCUGUCGGUCCACGAAAUUGUCUCGGAAGUAAACUCGCCAUGAUUAUGAUAAAAAUGGUUUUGGCAAAUGUUCUUCGUAAUUUUAAAGUUUACUCUUUAGAUCCUCAGGAUAAAAUCUUAAUCUCAUACGCAAGUAUGUUGACCCCAAUAUCGGGUAUAAGAAUGUGUGUAGAAAAAAGACGAAUGUUGUAAAAUAUUAACUAAGAUUUGGGUAAUUUUCGUUUCAAUCGUAUAUCAAUAUAAACAAAAGCCUGUAUCAUAUAAUCUCGACGAAUGCAUUUAGAAACUGCAUCGAAAUAAUUCUACCUAUUGUUAAACUUUACUCAUAAAUUGUAAUUCAUAUUUUUAUAGAUAAAAAGUACGAAAAUAAAAUGUAUAUGGUUAUUGUUAUUAAAUCUGCU